CUGAAGCGCUUCGCAAGAUUUCCGUAUGGAGCUUUGGUUGUCACAGCUUUGGCCCCCAAAGGAUCCACCACGUUCGUGGGGGCUAAAUUCGCAACCUUCACCGACCGUGUCUGGGCAAACGACGCAUGUGGUUAUUAAAGACUGAUUCCAGGAUGUUUUUACAACCUGCAUUGCCCUUGUUUUCUCUAUAACUCUACGUACAGUUUUGGUCAAGCAAGAUUCAAGAGCGCUCUGUCUCCUAGCGCCCGUUAAUCUUUUUAAACGAACACCCCACCCGUUCACACAACGAUAACAACGCCCACCAACAACCUUCACACUUCUCCAACCCACUCCACCAUGGCCCUCCGCUUUAUCCUCACCACCCUCCCCACCCUGGCUAUCGCCGGCCGCAUUGAAUCCGGCUUCUGCCCCGCCGACGUAAACUCACUCAUCCACUCCCCCUUCAAACCAUACUUCAGAUGGUGGACCAAAAGUGACGUCCAAGCGUGCUGGGGUGCCGCCGACUGUCUUUUCGAAGCCGCCGGCGAAUCCCGAAAGCAGCAGUUCGCCGCUACCGCACUCAUCAUGGGGCUAGUCCCGCUCACAUUAAAGGACAUAGCGUGGCCGGAGCGCAGGAUAAUAUACGUGACAGACACCUUGAAUCCGAUUGUUGAGAUCUUAGUUCUCGCGUUGGGACUUGUGCCCGUGGAGACAGGAACGAGCGAAGAGACAAAGAAAAGAAUUGGCGGGAUUAACACGAUGGCGGAGGCGGCGUGGGAUCAGACCCGGUUUGUGACCGGGCUUUGGGUGGCCCUUUCGGCAGUCGUGAUGUUGGCUUCAUAUGCUGGGCUCGCAGUUAUGGAAAUAUAUUCAAAGCGCAGCGCACUAGGUUGUCCGUACCCGGUAUUUGUGGCGACGUGGUAUGUGGUCGCGCUUGUUCCAGCGGCGAUUCAUAUGGUGUUUGCGGGACUAAGGAGGAGGAAAAUUAAGAGUGAAAAAGAUCCAGAGCGGAAAAGGAGUAUUAUUUCGGCGGUGCAGGGUGCAGAUGAGGCAUGGCCGGUGCAGUUGGCUUGGGGAAUAUAUUAUAUUGCAGGGACAUUGGUGUUUACAUCUAUCAUGGCAGUAACGGUGAUUGAGUUGGUUGUGUGGGUGGGAUUGGGGCUCGCCGUCACUGGGAGCAGUAAGCUGUUGGCGUUCUUUUUGUGCUUAGUAUUUGAGAGGAGGGGAGUUGAGGUAGAGCCUGGGAGGAGGGGCGAGAGGGAGGCUUAG